AUGCAAUCGAGUAAAAUUUUUGCUACUCACAAAACCUGUCUGCAAAAUCUAUUUUUGUCAGAAAAAACAGAUAACAACGUUCCGCAUUCUUCCAGAGUCACCUACGAAGUCGUCUACGGAUGGUCUCUUUCGUUUGAAAAUCUCAUGAAACAUCGCUGUAAGAAAAAUUCCAAACUUCUCUCUCUCUCCAAUCAUUUAACUAAUUAUUUCCAGCUGGACAAAAGUACUUCGCCGAGUUUCUCAAAGGGGAGUACUCUGAUGAGAACAUACUUUUCUGGCAGGCAGAAGGCUCGCAUCAUCUACGAAGACUUCAUCUCCAUCCUCUCGCCAAAGGAAGUCUCCCUGGACUCACGCGUUCGUGAGAUCGUUAACACCAACAUGGGACGUCCAUCGGCUUCCACCUUCGACGAUGCUCAGGGACAAAUCUACACUCUCAUGCAACGCGACAGUUACCCACGUUUCUUGGCCUCGCCAAUCUACAAGGCCUGCGUUGCCAACUUUGGAGUCCAAGAGGAGGCCGUUUAA